AUGGCCGGCAGCUCCAACAACAGCUGGACAAUUGUCUCUCCUGAGGAGUCUGCAGCAGCGGAGACCUUGAGGCCUCUCACUGAGAGAGCAGAGCGCCAGGAUGAACCCAGUGCACCCACUGACGGUGUUGGUACAAAGCCUUCAGAUGGUCCUCAUGGGUUAACUGAAGAGGAUCACCUGAAAUCCGAAGAACCUGUAGUUGAAGACAAUGAAGAUGUCAAUGCCAGCUCCCUCUGCUCCUCCGCUCCAUCAGAGAGCCACCCUCACCCACCGACAGGGGGCGCUGUCGUGUCCACGCUGGAGCCAGAGUCCUUCUCUGACUCUUACUCAGACCUGGGACCCUCAGCAGACACUCCUGCAGAGACCCCCACUGAGACAGCUGUCCCUCCACUGAGCACUGAGACUCUGGGACGUCUGGACCCAGGGCCGGAGGAGGAGGUCAGGGAGCAGACGGAGGUUCAAGACCGAACGCAAACUGUGAGAGAGGAGGAGGAGGAAGAAGAGGCCCAGCAGGAGAUGCAUGAGAGCAGUCCUAUAGACGCACCUCAAGAUCCCAGUGUCCAAACAGAGUCUCUGGAGCCGGAGCUGAGGAGGAGGAGGUUAGUGGCUUUGGAGCAGAUUGGACACGAUGAUGAGCAGGAGGUAGAGGAAGAGUUUCAGCUGCCUCAGAGAGAACAGGACUCUGGCAUCACCCUGAACAAGUGCAUUCUGGGAGCGGUCAUUCUGCUGGGCCUCGGCACCAUAUUUAUCUCGGGUGUCUUGGUGGACCUGGACGAGGAAAGUGACAGUCCGUCUGGAGAGCUGAGGGAAUCCGAAUCCUCUGGAAAACAGGAGUGGCUUACCCCAGACGUUUCUCAGCCUGGAGUAAAAGCUGAGACAGCAGAGUUCUUAAGCACAUUCACUCAAGGGAACGAGCAGAUUGAAAUGUUACAAGCACAAGUUCAGAACGAGGAGCUCAAAGUGGCCAAAGCUCAAGCUGCAGAGGGCAGCACUGAGCGGCUUGGACAGCAGGAGCUGCAGAGAGAAAACAGUAGGUUAAAGAAAGAGGUGCAGAGUGUGUCGCUGCUUCAGAAAGAGCUGGAGAGGAUGAGGACUGAGCUGGACUCUGUGCCCACCCUACAGAGAGAGGUCCAGGCUCUGUGGUCCACACUGACCCAGAUGAAGCUGUCUGCGGGUACAGCGGGUACAGCAGCGGCUACAACUCCCCCUAGUGGAAGGACUGAGCACAGCAUUCCAGAGCCAGCAGAGCAUAAUAAGGACAAACAGGACAGAGGGGUCACAAAGGAGUGGAAAGAUGCAGAGAAAGCCAAUUGGAAAAAGGAAAAACAACGGCGCAAAGAUGGAGGGAAGACGGGAGGGAAAGAAAGUGACAAAGAUAAAUAUGACGGUGGUAAAUACGAGAAGAGACAUAAGCACGACAAGCAAGGUCACGAGACGAGAGAGUGGAAAAAGGACAAGUCAAAGAAGGGAGAUGAAGGGAUGUCUUAUAAGGAAAAGAAAGAGAAGAAGGAGUGGCCUCACGAAGCUGAUAAAAAGCACAAGAAAUUUGAAAAGGGUAAAGACGGAAGAGAUUUUAAAGAAAGUAAGUAUAACCAGGAAAAGCCCAGAGGGUCAGAAAAUAAGCAUUGGAAAAAGGAAGGAGAUGGGCAUAAGGAGGAGAAGUAUGAUAAAAGGCCAUGGAAAGAGAGAGACGGAAACGGAGGUCACAACCGGAAAGCCAGUGGGGAGGGGAAAGAGCACAGCAAAGACCAGAAAAAAUGGGUCAAGUAUGAGAAGAAAGAGUGGAAGAAUGGAAAGGAGGAUAGGAUCGUGGUGGAGAAAAGCUAUCGCAAAGCUUGGGACGCCGAGAAGUCCGCUAAACACGACGAGAAAAGCAAAACGACGAAGCCUGCACCUGCGUCCUCCCAGGUCAAACCAGCCGUGGGCCAGCCCGAAUACUGGUCCCGGCAACGAGCACGCAUCCAACACAGCGCCAAAACUCCGCCGCAGUGCGAUUCUCCGGACAGCUGCGCCCACGCACAGGGACUGAGGCCGGUCGCUCUCGCCGAAUUUGAAGCCAUCUUGAGCAGUUACUUGUCCAAAGCGCAGGCGGCUGGAGUGGAGGCCUCGCAAGCGGACGAGCUGCGCAAACUGGCGGCGGAGAUGUUCGAAAACGGCGCGUUCCCUCACGACCGGACGAGUUUCGAGGAUUAUGUGGAGGACGUGGGGGAUGUCUUGGAGGAUCUGGUGGAAGCGGAGGAGGACGGUGCGGAUAGUGCGGUGGAGGAUGAGAUGGAGGGGUUCGAAAGGGAGGUGAUGCAGAAGUUUAUGUUGUUGAGGGAAAAGGAUAAAGUCAGGGCGGAUUUAGAAAGAAAAAGAACGCGAGGCUGA